AUGUUCCACGGUCCCACGUGCAGCCACAGGAAGGUUAGAGAGGACGAGAAGGUGGAUUCUGGCAGUGAGCGCGCUGGCGUCGUGUGCGGCCCGAUGGUUCCCGUAAAUUCCGGACUAGAUCCGAUCAAGCACACGCAGUACCCGUACGUGACCGGCGCUUCGGUGCUGGCGAUGAAGUACAAGGACGGCAUCAUCAUGGCAGCUGAUACCAUGGGAGCAUACGGGCGUACAAUGCGGUACAAGUCGGUGGAGCGCAUGCAGCAGGUGGCGCCGCACACGGUGAUGGGCGCUGGCGGGGAGAUCAGCGACUUCCACUUCAUCCUCUCGCUCUACGAGGAGCUCCUCACGAACGACUACGCAUUUGACGACGGGCACGUGCUGUCCACACGAGAGGUGUUCAACUACAUGACACGUGUCAUGUACAACCGCCGCAACCGCUUUGACCCGCUUUGGAACUCCAUCGUCAUCGGGGGGCUCGACAAGGGCGAACCCUUCCUCGGCUCGGUGACAAUGAUUGGCGUUCACUUCACGGACGACCACAUAGCAACGGGCUUUGGCAGCCACAUGGUGCGCCCGCUCUUCCGCAACGAGCACCGCAACGACAUGAGUGAGGAGGAGGCAGUCAAGCUGCUGGAGAAGGGGCUGAGGGUGCUGUACGCCCGCGACAGCAGCGCGCUUAACAAAUUCCAGAUUUCAAAAGUAACAGCAGAGGGAGUGACAAUAUCGAAGCCAUUUGCGCUGAACAUAGAGUGGAACUACGCCCAUUUUCAGAACGCAGUGCCUGAUAAGUACAGUGGUUCCUGGUAG